UUGGAGCUGAACAAGCCUAACACGGAAGUCAUGAAGGCUAAGCUACUAUGCUAACCGGCUGUGUAGCCGGUUCUUGCUGACAGUUACUCACCUCCAGUUAACUUUAACUGUAAUUUACGUAGCUGCUACAGAGGGGAAUGGCAAUCAGUGCUGUCUAGCUGUUACUAUUUAGUAAAACAAAAUAAAUCACGCAGCUGAGGCGCUAAAAAAAAUGAGAGAAGGAGUGUGUGUCGUGUGACUCAGCUCUUGUGAAGCAAUGGAGAAGCCCUGGAGGCUGUGGGGGGCAGUGGAGCGUUGUACCCUGACUCUGGCCUCUUGGUCCUGGGGUGCUUGUCGAGUCUCCCUUUUGGCCCUCAUCCUCACCUUCCACCUGUACGGGGGAUUCUUUCUCCUAGCUCUUAUCCUAGCCUCCGUGGCUGGCAUCCUCUACAAAUUUCAGGAUGUGCUCCUCUACUUCCCUGACCAGCCCUCCUCCUCUCGCCUUUAUGUUCCCAUGCCAACAGGAAUCCCACACGAGAAUGUGUACAUUCGCACCAAGGACGGUGUGAAGCUUAACCUCAUCCUGCUUCGCUACACAGGAGGGGACGCGCCUCCUGGUGUCACCCCUGGCAAUCAAAGCAGCCCCACUUCCUCUGCUCCACCUACCAUCCUUUAUUUUCAUGGUAAUGCAGGUAAUAUUGGUCACAGGGUGCCAAACGCCCUGCUGAUGCUGGUCAAUCUGAAAGCUAAUGUGGUGCUGUUGGACUACCGUGGCUAUGGAAAGAGUGAGGGUGAGCCCAGUGAGGAUGGGCUGUACCUGGAUGCCGAGGCCACACUGGACUAUGUCAUGACCCGUCCUGAUCUGGACAAGACUAAGGUGGUGCUAUUUGGCCGCUCACUGGGGGGUGCUGUGGCUGUGCGCUUGGCAUCAGCCAACCCUCACCGUGUAGCGGCCAUUAUUGUUGAAAACACCUUCCUCAGCAUCCCCCACAUGGCAGCAACACUCUUUUCCUUCUUGCCCAUGCGCCUGCUGCCCUUGUGGUGCUAUAGGAAUCAGUUCCUCUCCUAUCGGCAGGUGGCGCUGUGCCGCAUGCCCUCUCUGUUUGUGUCUGGUCUGUCGGACCAGCUCAUCCCACCUGUCAUGAUGAAACAACUGUAUGAGCUGUCUCCUGCGCGGACUAAACGCCUGGCUAUUUUUCCAGAGGGCACACACAACGACACUUGGCAGUGUCAGGGCUACUUUGCUGCUUUGGAGCAGUUCAUGAAAGACCUGCUGAAAAGCCACGCCCAUGAGGAGAGUGCUCAGCCCUCCGCUAGCGUCACCAUUAUCUGAGCCAGGGACUGUUGACUACAGGUUAUGAGCUGGAGAAAGUGAAAGCUGUCACGGAAAUUGAUUAAAUGAACUUUAUUGAUGUUUGGAAAGAAUGUAAAUUUUUUUGAUGCUUUGUCUGGGGUUUUAUUUUAUUUCACUCUUUACCUUUUGUGUAAAUGUAACAUUUGUUGAUUGAUUGAACUAUUUCAAAGUUUUAAUAGGGAACAAUCCCCUCAUGGGUUCUUUUGUGUUGCAGCUAGGAAUGCAUGUAUUUAUGACCUUAAAUGAAUGAAGCCAGAUCAUACAUGCCCACACUGCAGGACAUGUCAUUGCCACAAAAACAAUUGCUGUAAUGGGUUUACUGAAAUUAAUUAAAAUCACAAACAAUUGCUUAUAGUUAAUUACCAUAUGAGGAUAUAGACCUACAAUUUUUGAGUGAAAACUGAUUACUACUGGAAUUCAAAUUAUACUUCUUCAGAUAUUCAAAAUGAGACUAGUAAUAUGGAAGUGUGUGUGUGUGUGUGUGUGUGUGUGUGUGUGUGUGUGUGUAUAUAUCUUUGUUAAUACACUUUUUUCAUUCAGAUUUCGGUGUUAUGUAGGUGAAUGCCUUCUGAGCAAUACUUGGAGCAUAAGGAUGUGUUUGUCCUCUCUCUCAUUUUGGUGAGGAAUAUAAAUAUUGCAGCAGCUUGGCAUGAUAUGACAUUGUACUGAUCAAUAUUUAUUCAUACCCUUGAAAGUUUGUCUGGCACAAUAGCAUAGAAAAUUAGUGCUGUUGAAACUGUUGUAUUCAGUCACAAGAAAGUGUUGGCUGAGAUGAAGUGGUCGGUACUAUAAUGUUGACACAGUUGUUACUUCCGGCUGUCAGAAAUAAGUUCUUGAGAUAUUUCCUGUCAAAACGCUUCUGUUUCAGUGCGAUUGGGAUAAACUACAAGAUAUUUCUCCCCAUUUCUGUGUCCUGUUAAAACACAACAAACACACAGGAUAGUCUACUCUCAAAAGGGCUCAUUGGCUAUUGAACAACUUUGCCUCCUGUAGUUUGGUAAGGAGCAUUUGCUCUGUGUGUGGUUUGUUAUUAAAUCAUGGGUGCAGAUUUC